AUGGCCCCUGAAACUGGAUCUGAGUGGCCGGAUAUUGAACCACCCGUUGAGACAGAGCCGAACUUUGAGUUACCGGUCUCUGAAGAGCUGCCUUCGGGCGAUGAAACUCCCUGGGAAGAGCUUCUAGCUCUAGAGAUUAGUCGAGGACCAAUUCUGGCUGAGGCCGCUCGCCAGGCUUACAUUGGUGCUGCUUAUGAGCACCUUACAAACUCGGAGAUCGAUUGGUCACUGGAUGGAGCGGUAUGCCGUGUGGUUGGGUGUCGCCGGUAUGGGUACGACUUCCGUAAUGAGUCUAAACUCAAGAAGCAUCUCAAAACCAAGUAUCAUCUUGACUUAGACGCUUCUCUUGCCCCCCUUGAUGAAGUCCCGGCGCCUGAUAGCAGCUCUGAUAAUAUUGAAGAACUACCAAGCCUUGUGGCCACUGAAGCGUCUCCUCAGUUGUGCUACAUUACUUCCAACACCGCCAAUGCCUACAUCACUGCCAAUAACCGCAAGAGUUCGUCUUGGGCCAGUGGUUUCGUCUUCGACAAGUGCAAGGUCACCUACACUGACAGCUACGGAUCCAACUUCGGCACAACGUCGCUCGGUCGACCUUGGUCUCAGUAUGCCCUUGUUGUGUACAUGAACUCUUUCCUUGACAAGCAUAUCUCUCCCCAGGGCUGGGCUCAAUGGUCUUCCAGUAACCCUCAGACAUCGAACGUGCUUUUUGGCGAAUUCAACAACACUGGCCCCGGAAACUGGACCUCCUCUCGAGCCAGCUUUGCGACAAAGCUCACUGAGUCACAGGCUGCUGCAUACUCUCUUGGAUCGUUCAUUGGCAGUACUAGCUGGCUUGACAUGAAGGCUUACAACUUUGUUCCCAGCUACGCAAUUGAUGGCUCUGGCGCAGCUACCGACCCAGAGACCGAUGACACACGGCCAGUACAUCCUUCUGACGGUACCGCUCCUCCCAAAAACGCUGUAAUUGUGUCCGUUGGAGGAGAGAAGUCAGGAUCUUACUCCACUCUCACCGACGCUCUCAAUAGUCUCCCCAAGGGCUCAACACCCCAGACCAUCUUCAUCUACGCCGGAACAUAUGAGGAGCAGGUCCCUGCGAUCAACCGACCAGGACCUGUCACCAUCAUUGGAUACACCGAGAGCGAUCCUGGAAAGACCUAUACCAGCAACCAAGUCAUCAUCACCCAAGCCAAGGGUCUCUCAGUUGCCGGUACCAUUCCCGCUGGUCGUAGCAACGCGGAUACAGCUACCAUCGCCACAGCCAGCACAAAGAUUGCCUUCUACAACGUCAAGUUCGUCAACUCGGACAACUUGGAUGGCGCUACGCCCAGCUAUGUUACUCUCGCUGCCAGUGUCUACGGAAAUGACAUCGGAUUUUACGGCUGCUCCUUCAUCGGUCGGCAGGAUACUCUUCUUACUGGCGCGACAAACGGUUACCAGUACUAUGAGAGCUCGUAUAUUGAGGACGCAAUCGACUUUAUCUGGGGAUACAGCAAGGCUUACUUCAAGGGUUGCACUCUGGCUGCUAAGCGCGCCAAAUCAGCCAUCACGGCACAGAGCCGUAGUAGCGCGAGUGCAAUCGGAGGUUACAUCUUUGACCAGUGUCUUUUCACUGAAGCUUCUUCAGCUACUGUGGAUCUCCAGGGACAGGUCUAUCUUGUCCGCCUUUACAACGCAUAUGCUCUUGUGGUAGUCAAGAACAGUUACUUGGACAGCAUUAUUCAACCCGCUGGUUGGAAGAUCUGGUCUACAACCGAUCCUCGCACUGAUCAUAUCACUUUUGCUGAGUACGCCAACGAGGGUCCCGGAAGCUGGGAGAAGAAUACGGCAGCACGAGAGGGUUUUUGGCUUUGCUACGCUUCUGACAUCGGAUACCUACUCUCUAGAACCUACUGGGACUCAAUCACAACACCACAGCCUAGCACCGUCACCCCAACCCCUGUUCCUACUGCUCCCUACAGUGGAAAGACUCCUGCUGCCGGUGCCUAUAUCGUCUCCAAGAACCCCAUUGACGGAGUCACGACUUAUGAUACCAUCCAGGCUGCUAUCGAUGCUCUACCUCUUUCCACCAAGGUCACUCCCACUGUCUUCAUAUAUCCCGGCACAUACAAGGAACAGAUCGUCCUCAGCCGACCUGGAACCACGUUCUUCAUCGGUUACUCUGAGUCGCCUAAAGAUAACACCAAGAACCAGGUCACUAUCACAUAUGAUAAGGGCAUUGACACUCAGGCUGAAGCGUUUCGGCUACCUUUUACGCCACUGGCAACUACUUCCAGGCUGUCAACAUCAACUUUGCAAACACCUUUGGCACUACCGCCAACACUAAUCCCUAUAUUAAAUCUCUUAGAGUUCUUAAAUAAGAAAGCUAGGUAG